UUCCGUUACCCUGGAGCCCGAGUCGCUACCCCUAGAGCCUCUGCCCCCGCCCUCGCCCCCGCCCCCGGCUUCUGGUUCAAACACAGCGCAACCUGGCAACCGCAGCUCAUAGCCAGCCCCGCACCCUCCUGGGGAGGGACUCCCCCGCCGCCCUCGGGCGUCCGCCCAUUGGUGGUCUAACAUGGGGAUCUAGGGCCCGGAGGCUUCUUAGUGAAAAGGAAGGUGGAGAAGACGGUCCAGCUUUGGGACACUUCUGGAGAAAAGGAUCCGUGAAAUUAUGUGAAUACAGACUAUAUGUCAAAACAAUGGGAGAAAGAGCAAGAAGCCCAGAUUUCAAUCAAGACGGAUACUCAGAACAAGAACAAUAUAGUGAUACCUAUUGUUCAGAUGAUUUUGAAAAUUCGUUCGCUUCUACCCUGUCAACAACAACCCAGAAGACUUACCGCACUCCAUCAAUAAGGAAGAAAGGUACUAAGAUAUACAGUUCAGAUAGUCAAGUACAUCACCAAGCCCCUAGAAGAACAAUCUCCAAGUUUCCACCAAACAGAAGAGGAUUCCGAAUGGGAUGUCGCCGCAUUGGUAGGGAGCCUUCUCAGAAAGAGAUUGAUGUUCUCACCAAACGGGUUCUUUCUGCGAGACUGCUGAAAAUCAAUGAGCUACAAAAUGAAGUGACUGAACUCCAAGUCAAAUUAGAUGAGCUGCUAAAAGAAAACAAGGCUUUGAAAAGGCUUCAGCACAGACAGGAGAAAGCCCUGAAUAAAUUUGAAGAUACAGAAAAUGAAAUCUCACAACUUAUACUCAGACAUAACAAUGAGAUUAAAGCACUAAAAGAGCGCUUAAAAAAAUCUCAAGAGAAAGAACGGGCAACUGAUAAAAAGGUGAAAGACACAGAGUCUGAACUUUAUAAGACAAAAACUUCUUUAAAGCAACUGAAAAGACUCUCUGAAGCUAAGCAUCUACCUGAACGAGAAGAUCUAGCAAAGAAACUAGUCUUAGCAGAGAACAAAUUAGAUGAUACUGAGAAAAAAAUUAAGGAGCUGUCAAAAAAUCUUGAACUGAAUGCUAGCAGUUACCAACGACAGCUACAUGCUGAAAAGAAAAGGGCACAUGAUGUGCAGGAUGAAAAUAAAAUUCUCCAAAGGGAACUACAAACAUUAUAUCAAAAACUGAGGGAAAAAGAGAGAGAACUGGAUGUAAAAAAUAUAUAUUCUAACCGCAUAUUGAAGAGAACUCCUAAGAAAGACAAAGAUGCUUCUCCAAGAAAAAAUGCAUCUUUCAGCCAUCGUGUUAAAAGACCACAUAGGACAAAAGGAGUUCAAACCAUUGAAUAUUUCAAAGACAACCUAUCAUCACUACCUUUUGUUUCUCAAGACACACCCAGACCAGAAGAAGAGGAAUUUCUUAGUCUGCUUGUGACCGGUGAAAAUAGGUUUCCAAAGGGAUUGGAGAGCAUUAAUUUCCCCCACGGAGACCUAAAGGAUGAAAGAGAAGCUGAGUCUCCAAGUUCAGAAAGAGAAGAAAAACUUACAAAAGAUGAAGAACUAUAUCUUUUAAAUAAAAGAACUGACAAUCUUAAAGAGGAUUGGGCAAAAGAGUACCUUAAAAAUCAAACAGAAAAUAUGCUUUUAACAAAGAAAGAAGAAAAACCUAUAAUGGAAACAUCAAUUUUCGAGAUUGAAAAUUUAAAGGAUCAGAAGUCUGAAGAUGAAGAAGAAGACAGACUUAAGAGAGAGAUUUUACUUGCUAAAUUGGAUGAAAUUGAUAGAGAAAUACAAACCUCCCUGAACUUAAGAGGGUCACACCCAAAAUUACUCUCUCCAGAGAAAAGAUCCCAAAGUUUCAGGUUCUCAGAAGCCACUGACAGAUUAUUAUUCAGUGGGCGUCAAGAUGGAGAUUACACAACCACAUUUAAUGAUGAUCAGAAAAAAAGAAAUAUUUGGAGCCCAACCACUGAUUUCACAUUUGGUAGUUAUGUGCCUUCUUUUGGGAAAACGUCAGGGAGAUCGAGUGUGUUUAAUCAGAAAGGUGGCAUUGUAGAUUUGUCAAGAAGCACUAAAGAUAGUGGAGAUUUAAGUAUAAAAGAGGAGAAAAAAACUAAUCUCAUGGAGCAACUAUUUGGUGCUCGUGCCAACAGCGCCAUUUCUACUAAAAAUACUACCUCUGAAUUUCUGACUAAUAAUAAAGGAGACUUUGACCAUCUAAAUGUACUCCUCAAUGAAAAAGGUAGCAGAGGCAAAGGACAAGAUGAAGAUGAUGAUUUUUUCUUCAGUGAAGAGCGAAAUUUUAACCCCAGACACCGGUUAAAACACACAAACAACCGACCAGCAGUAAAGGCAGUUGAUUCUUUGGAAGAAGAAAUUGAAGAAGUACUGCUGAGAUGACUAUACAUAUUUUUCAAAUUCUUCUGAAGACUUCUGCAACCAUGAUGAUUGUAAAUCCCUGGCACAUUCAGAGGUGAAGUCAGAAGAUAUUUCACUAUGUAAACAACUCAUUGCUGCCACAACCCCAGAGACUUGUAUGUAGCACCAUCCCUUAAUUUUUCCUUACUGAUGUACUCUUUAACCAGGUGUGAGAUUUUAUACUGAGCCUUUACAUUAGAACUACUCCAGAUCAGUUCUAAGGACAAUCCCUCCAGCAAAAUUACUAUCAUUACACCAAUAAAGACCUGCCAACACAAAUAUCUCCCCAGUAAGAGAGGUGUGCAUUUAAUUUUGGCAGGCACAGUAAUGUUUCCAUUUUAACUUAGUGUUUUAUUUAUUAGUUUAUAUUAGUAAAUUUUAUUUGUAUAAUGUAAUUUUUGAUGCAUUAUUAGUUUAAGUAAAAUAGCCAAAUAAAAUAUAUUGAACGUCCGAAAUGUAAACAAUAGAUGAAGAUUUAAAUGCAGUUCAUUUAUAGGACGCAGAAAAAGGAACGUAUGUAUGUUUCUAUACCUACAGGCAUGUAUAUUUCUCGACUCAUUCAAUGAAAAGAAUUGUCAGCUCAAAAUUGUUUCAAAAUUGUUUAAUGUAGUUUUGAAAUUUUAAUAUGCUAUUAGAGAUCUGAAUCUACAUUCAAAUAGACAUUAAGGGAAUAUCGUCAGUAUAAUGUUGCCUUGAAUCUCUGAGUUAUAGUAUGGGCUCUUUAAGACAGUAGUUCUGCUUUGGCAAGUUGAUGUGGACAAGAGGUAUCUUUUUCAGAUAGUGUCCCUGUGAAUGUUGUAAUUGACCAUCAGCUGUAGCAGGAAUGUCCUGUAUAUACAAUGAGCGUACUCAUGAUUUUUUAGAUUAAAAAAAAAAAAAAAAA